ACACAUAUUAUAUAUAGUUGUAACAAAGAAACUUUGUAUUUGAAAUAUUUUAGUUACAUAUUGUUGAAAGUUUGUUCCUUUUAAUAUCAAGAGUGUAGCAAUGGGGAUUACUUCUUUGCAAGUUUGCAUGGAUUCAUCUAACUGGCUACAGGACACAAUUCCCGAGGAGAAUGAGUUUGAUUCAUCUUCAUCUCCAUCAGGUGGUGACAUUUUUACAUGUUCAAGGCCAUUAAUGGAAAGAAAACUAAGACCCCAACAUGACAAACCUAUUAAUUGCCCUCGUUGUGACUCAACACACACUAAAUUUUGUUACUACAACAAUUACAGCCUUUCUCAACCAAGGUAUUUCUGUAAAUCUUGUAGAAGGUACUGGACUAAAGGGGGAACUUUAAGGAAUAUUCCUGUUGGUGGUGGAUGUAGGAAGAACAAAAAAGUAUCUUCAAAGAAUUCAAAGUUGUCUAAUGACAAUAUUACCCCUCAUGUUGAAUCAUCUCAUAAUUACCCUGAAAUGUCAUUUUCCCACUUUGGUAAUUUUAUGGAAAAUAAUAAUAUGAAUCAUAAUUUCAUGCAUCAUGCACCUAUUGAUUUUAUGGAUAGCAAGUAUCAAGCUUUUGUGGGGACUACUAGUACAAGAAAUCAAGAUUUUCUUGGGAAUGUUAAUGUUGGUACUGGUCUGAUCAACGGUUAUGGUGAGAUGGAUAAUUCAGGAAUUGGACCACAUUAUAAUGGAGGGUUUUGCUCUAGUGCAUUUGGGAUGCCUAAUAUGAAUGGAAAUAUAAUUAAUUAUGAGGGACAAAAUAUUACAAUGGAUGUUAAGCCUAAUCCAAAGAUUUUGUCACUUGAAUGGCAUGAUCAAGGUUACUUGAAUGGAGGACUAGGAACUUGGAGUGGAUUGAUGAAUAAUGGUUAUGGAUCAACCACGACGACGAAUUCGUUAGUAUGAGGAUUAAAUUAAAU